GUCUUAAUUAAUUGGUGAUAAUUUGUAGAAGUCAAAUCCUGACUCCCCCUCUGUAGGUGUCUGGUAGGACACUGAUUGAUUAAUCAAAGUUGUGUGAUUUAAGAGGGUGCAAAACAACCAGUUUGUACAAUGUAAUUCAAGUCAAACCAUACAUUUUGUAGUAUAGACUUUGCAAAGAGGAGAAUCCAAACAAAGUACAGAGUGUUUUGAAAGCACCAUUAGAAAGAGACUGUAUGUCAAAAAUGUGUCCUACAGGUGAGUUUGCCAGAUGAGAAGGAGGAUGACAACACCACCACCUCUCAGCCUCAACAGUGUGAGUUGUGGGUGAGCCUGGCAUCCAAUGAGAAAGAAGCCACGUCAUGCACCAUCACCACACAGCCCCAACAGUGUGAGUUGUCAGUGAGCCUGUCUAGUGAGAAAGAACCCACUUCAUGUACCAUCACCACACAACCCCAACAGCAAACUGGCAAGCAGCAAGUCUCCGACUUUGUCGACGAAGACCAGCAGGGAUGGAGCAAGGCUGAUCUCGAGGCAAACUGUGAGAAGAGCGAUGUAGAAGGAGAAGAAGAAAAUUGCCCUCCUCUUACAAACUGGUCCAGCGACCCUUGGGCAGUUGCCAAGGUGCUGCUCACUCAGUACCCAGAAGUCAUUCUGCAUCUUAUGAGUGACGGAGCUCUCGAGAAAGAUUCUGCAAACUCCUCAGAGAGUCAAGACAAGGAGAAGACAGAAGACUUGAAGGAACCCGACCCUGACAAGGAUGUCGAGGAAGAGUCAGAGAAGAUUGACACCUUUGCAGACGAGAAUUCUGCCUCCAGUUGCCAUGACAACAGCACGGAAGAUGUGGAGGAGAAUGAAGCUGUCUUUGAAAAGGACACAGAGGAGGCUCUGGAGAAGACCAUGAAGGGAACCAUGGGGACCAAGGCACAUGGUAAGAAGCAACAGAAGCUGAAAAAGAGGACACCCACCAAGACUGAGCAUGACAAGAAGAAGCCAGCACAUGCUGGGAGAAGGGCUUUCAAAGGGGACAAGAAGCAGGUACUCAAACAGAAGACAAGGAAGCAUUCUCCAAGAUCACAGUGUGCUGUUGUGAAAAGGCGGCAGUUCCACAGGAAACCUUCGAGGUACAAGAACAGCCACGGCAGGAGGCGAGGCAGGAGGGGAGGGGGGCGGCAGGCAGCCAGGAGAGCACCCGGGGACAAGAACAGCCAACAGUCCAACUCUGGCUCACAGACACAGACCACAUCGAGCGCUGGCUCCCCAAGUGCCCCCCUCCCCCUUCAUCGCACCACCAGCCAGUCCUCAGCCAGUGGUGAUGAUGGUGAUGGGGACCCCCCUAGGAGACCCCCCUCCUCCACCCUACAGAGGACCCCCCUUGAUGGACAGGUGGUCAUGAAGAGGGAGGAGACAGCAGAAGAGGAGGAACCACCAGAGGACAUAGUCACCACAUUGACUGCCCUGCUGAGCGACGGUGUCGUGUUUCCAGAGCAGGAUCAAGUGCAGCAGUUCAUCCAGGCGCUUAUGACCUCGUAUCUCCAUCGCCAGCACCGCGGUGCCGCCAACUGGGCUUCCUGCAACUGCUCGUCGUGUAAGGUGGUCCACGGAGCCGUCAAACACGUCACGGCGUGUUCCAAACCCGCCGGGCAGUGCGAGAUCUGUACUGCGGUGUUCUACUGCGCUGUAUCCCACUCCCGGGCUUGUAACACCCACCGCCUGUGCCCCAUUGCCUUCUGUCGGGAUGUGAAGAUUAAGCUUCACGAGGUCGACCCGGGGCCGGUGGGAGGAAUCGCUGAGAAGCUGUGGGGCUUCUUAAAGAUCACGGUCAAACGGGCCGCACCAAGGUCUCACCAUCAGCCUGAUCUGCAGUAUGGAGCUAGUGGCCCAGCCAGCCUUCCUGUCUUCCCAGGGUAUCAGCUGCGACAGGAGUACAUGUCUCUGCCCUACGGCCCGGGCACCCAGCCGCCGCCGUCACUGCCUCCAUCCGCCAUGCUUGGCGCUCGCCCGAAGACUCUCGACAUCAAACCAGCAGGUCCUCCUCUUGUAGGACAGCAAGUGAACACCUUCGGGCAAGCUGGGCAGUCUGUCAUGCUUGGUGCCCGACCAAAAAUGACCCAGCAACCACUGCCACCGUCAUCUGAGCAAGCUGACCCGAAGAAAAAAGAAAGGAAGCUACCUGCCUGCCUUAGGCCUAGAGGAGGCAAGAAGGAGCCUGAAAACUCCCCAGCAGCACCUGUUGCACCCCCUCGCAGACGUCGGAAGAAAUCCAGCAUCGACCCUCAAGAACAAACGCCACAACUUCCUCAAGGACAACAACCACCUCAUUCUCCACCACCACAAGAAGAUGCUGCACAGAAUCCACCAGAGGAGCUUCACUUCAAUGUAGGGGCUUUGGAAGGCUUCUGUCAUGAUGACUUCCGGCUGGAAAAUCCGAUAGGCCGCCGCGACGUCAAGCUUCGACACAUCGAGUCUGGCGGAGAAACAGACGCAGACGACGUCACCCAAAACAACCGUGCUGCGGUGCAUGCCUACUUCCAGGACAGGUACGGAGAGAUGACUUUCAACGACAACGAGCUGCCGUGUCUGCAGAAGGCCACGGGUGGUGAGGAAAGACGAGAAGACCUUGUCGCGACGCGCGGCGACUAUCUCCAGCAGCGGAGUGUGCAGAGCCUCGUCAGCUCUUCCAUCCAGGUAACAUCAUCAGUGAGGGGGCUGCUUCCAUCCUACAACAACACAUUAUAUAACUAUAGCCAGGUGGUGGCGCCACCCCCAGACGGACUACAACUACAAGUCCCGUCAACCACAGCCCUCCCCGACAGACUGUCCCAGCUGGUCUCCACCAUGCCCUCCCUCCCCGCCGAGGCCAUCUCCAGCCUCCUGAGCAUGGUACAACAACCGGUGCUGCCGCCGCUCGGAGCGGUUUCCGUCGUCCCGCCGCGACACGCGUCCAUCUUCGCCGCGCACUGGGAACAGCUGGCGGAGGAGCUGCUGACGACAAACCGCAGAGUCACCAACCAGGAGCACGAAGGUUUCGUCUUGGAUCUCCAUGCUGAGAAGCUCCCACCAUGUGAUGAUCAGUUCCGUCUGGAUCAACAUUGGUGGAGCAUCAUGGAGCUGGGCAGCGGCAGGUUCGGAACUGUAUACCUCAGCUGCCUGGCGUCGGAGGAGCAGGAGUUUCACUUUGCUGCUAAGAAGGUUUAA